AUGACUGGACGAGCCAGAGCAAGAGCAAGAGGAAGGGCCCGUGGGCAGGAGACGGUGCAACACGUGGGGGCUGCCGUAAGUCAGCAACCUGGUUAUGUUCAGCCUAGAGCUCAGCAGCCACCAGCAGAGGGGGAAUUAGUUGGCCGUGGACGACAGAGAGGAACAGUAGGAGCAGCAGCCAAGUCACAAGAACUCCAGAUAUCUGCUGGAUUUCAGGAGUUAUCCUUAGCAGAGAGAGGAGGUCGUCGUAGAGACUUUCAUGAUCUUGGUGUGAAUACAAGACAGAACCUGGACCAUGUUAAAGAAUCAAAAACAGGUUCUUCAGGUAUUGUAGUAAGGCUAAGCACUAACCAUUUUCGAUUGACAUCCCGUCCCCAAUGGGCCUUAUAUCAGUAUCACAUUGACUAUAACCCAUUGAUGGAAGCCAGAAGACUCCGCUCAGCUCUUCUUUUUCAACAUGAAGAUUUAAUUGGAAGGUGUCACGCUUUUGAUGGAACAAUAUUAUUUUUACCUAAAAGACUACAGCACAAGGUUACUGAAGUUUUUAGUCAGACUCGAAAUGGAGAGCAUGUGAGGAUAACAAUCACUUUAACAAAUGAACUCCCACCUACAUCACCAACUUGCUUGCAGUUCUAUAAUAUUAUUUUCAGGAGGCUUUUGAAGAUCAUGAAUUUGCAACAAAUUGGACGGAAUUAUUAUAACCCAAGUGACCCAAUUGAUAUUCCAAAUCAUAGGUUGGUGAUUUGGCCUGGAUUCACUACUUCUAUUCUUCAGUAUGAAAAUAACAUCAUGCUUUGCACUGAUGUCAGUCAUAAAGUCCUUAGAAGUGAAACUGUUUUAGAUUUCAUAUUCAACUUAUAUCAUCAAACAGAAGAACAUAACUUUCAAGAACAAGUUUCUAAGGAACUAAUAGGUUUAAUUGUUCUUACCAAGUAUAACAAUAAAACAUACAGAGUAGAUGAUAUUGACUGGGACCAGAAUCCAAAGAGUACCUUUAAGAAAGCAGAUGGUUCUGAAGUUAGCUUCUUAGAGUACUACCGGAAGCAAUAUAAUCAAGAAAUCACUGACUUGAAACAACCAGUUUUGGUCAGUCAGCCUAAGAGAAGGAGAGGCCCUGGUGGCACUUUACCAGGACCUGCAAUGCUCAUUCCUGAGCUCUGCUAUCUUACAGGUCUAACUGAUAAAAUGCGUAAUGAUUUUAAUGUGAUGAAAGAUUUGGCUGUUCAUACAAGACUAACUCCAGAACAAAGGCAACGUGAAGUAGGAAGACUCAUUGAUUAUAUUCAUAAAGAUGAUAAUGUUCAGAGGGAGCUUCGAGACUGGGGUUUGAGCUUUGACUCCAACUUACUGUCCUUCUCAGGAAGAAUUUUGCAAGCAGAAAAGAUUCACCAAGGUGGAAAAACAUUUGAUUACAAUCCACAAUUUGCAGAUUGGUCAAAAGAAACAAGAGGUGCACCGUUAAUUAGUGUUAAGCCACUAGAUAACUGGCUGUUGAUCUAUACUCGAAGAAAUUAUGAAGCAGCCAAUUCUUUGAUACAAAAUCUAUUUAAAGUUACACCAGCCAUGGGCAUACAAAUGAAAAAAGCAAUAAUGAUUGAAGUGGAUGAUAGAACUGAAGCCUAUUUAAGAGUCUUACAGCAAAAGGUUACAUCAGAUACCCAGAUAGUUGUUUGUCUGUUGUCAAGUAAUCGGAAGGACAAAUAUGAUGCUAUUAAAAAAUACUUAUGUACAGAUUGCCCUACUCCAAGUCAGUGUGUGGUGGCUCGAACCUUAGGCAAACAACAGACUAUCAUGGCCAUUGCCACAAAGAUCGCCCUACAGAUGAACUGCAAGAUGGGAGGAGAGCUUUGGAGGGUUGAUAUGCCUCUGAAGCUAGCGAUGAUAGUUGGCAUUGAUUGUUACCAUGAUACCACAGCUGGACGGAGGUCAAUUGCAGGAUUUGUUGCAAGCAUCAAUGAAGGGAUGACCCGCUGGUUCUCCCGCUGUGUAUUUCAAGAUAGAGGACAAGAGCUAGUAGACGGGCUCAAAGUUUGCUUGCAAGCUGCUCUGAGGGCUUGGAAUAGCUGCAAUGAAUACAUGCCUAGUCGAAUUAUUGUGUAUCGGGAUGGUGUAGGAGACGGUCAGCUUAAAACAUUGGUUAACUAUGAAGUACCACAGUUUUUGGAUUGCCUAAAAUCUGUUGGUAGAGGUUACAACCCAAGACUGACGGUAAUUGUGGUGAAGAAACGAGUGAAUACCAGAUUUUUUGCUCAGUCUGGAGGAAGGCUUCAAAAUCCACCUCCUGGAACAGUUAUUGACGUGGAGGUUACCAGACCAGAAUGGUAUGAUUUUUUUAUUGUGAGCCAGGCUGUGAGAAGUGGUAGUGUUUCUCCCACACAUUAUAAUGUCAUCUAUGACAGCAGUGGCCUGAAGCCAGACCACAUUCAGAGGUUAACUUACAAGCUAUGUCAUAUCUAUUAUAACUGGCCAGGUGUCAUUCGCGUUCCUGCUCCUUGCCAGUAUGCCCACAAACUGGCUUUCCUUGUUGGCCAGAGUAUUCACAGAGAACCAAAUCUGUCACUGUCAAAUCGUCUUUACUACCUCUAACCUACAGAAGAGGACAAGAUGUAGCUAUUUUUUCUUUUUGAAAUUAUAAC